AUGAAACUUGAAGUUUUGGACAACCAAAACAUAGAACCUGAAGUGUCAAACGAUCAAAACGUAGAACCUGAGGCAUUGGACAAUCAAGAUGUAGAGCUUGAAGUGUUAGCAGUAUAUAAUAGCACAGAUGAUUUCUCUGAUAUCGAUAUCGAUAAUUUUGAUGAUAUUGAAGGAUUCUCUAUUGGCAAAACUUUUAAAAAUUGGGAUCAAGUGGCGGACUUCAUGAAAAAAUACGCUAUUAUUAAAGGCCAUAGAAUACGAAUCGGUGGUGGUGGAUGGGAGAAAUUACUGCAAGAUUAUCCACAAUCCACUGAUGUACAAUCAACCUCUCGAAACGAAGGUGAGAACUCAACAUUAAAACGCCUUUUUGGAAGUUCAAGUCUUUCGUUAUGUGAGCUGUUUGAGGCCUUAGAAGAAAGAUACCAAGAAGAAACUGAUUAUUUCAUACAACAAUUAAACGAGUUUGUAAUGCCAAACAUAAUGAAAAAACAGGAGAAACAAAUGAAUUUGAAUUUUUAUUACCAUGCCGUGGAGAUUGAUCUUAAAGCUGUGUUUUUUAAAGAGAAGGAAGUUGAUGAAUCUGAACAAUGCAUUGAUAAUUUCGAAUUCGAUGUUAAUGAAGCUGAAGAAUUUGCAAAUUGUGGUUCAAACCAGUCACCUAAUGAAAUAUCUAAGGCUAUUUCGAAAAAACACAAAUUCAGUGAACUUUGGGGAUUAGGAAAAAAAAUAAUAGUCAACACAAUUGAGAAUAGUAAUGAAGAUAUUUACUAUAAACUUCUUGGGUUUUUUACAUCUAUCCAGAAUAGAACAUUGCCACAGAGAAUUAUUAGUGAAGUUAGUGAUGUUGAUAACUUUAGCCAUAAGAUUAACAAUGAUGGUUGUAUGAUAAGUAUUCGAAAUCCUGUUAAAAAAAGAUCUAAAGGUCGUUCAAAAUCAAAAAGAAUUGCAAAUGCUUUUGAGAAGUCCGAUACAAAAACAAUGUUUGUUAAUUUAGGUUAUGAAGAAUUAUCGACCAUGUCUACAAGUCACGAAAGUGUUCGAGAUAUGUCAGAUACAGAAGAAUCAGUAGGACCAAGUAAUCCUGUAGUGUUGAUUUCGUCAUCUACACAACCAAUUGACUUUCAAAAUUGUGAACGUACACAAAGGCAAUGUAGA